GAGGGGGAGAGCCGAGAGGCUUCCCCGAGCCGCUGGAGGUGCGGAGGCCGCUCCGCACCGUGUUCAGGGCCGCGGCUCUGCUGCUGCCAACCCAUUCCCCGUCCCACGGGACACCGGCUCCACUCGGGACGCUUCAUGCCGCGCCGGACAAAACCCCGCAACCAGUGUGGUAGAAUCGCCCUGCUUUGGCCCAGGGGAGGAAGCCUGAUGACACAGGGAGAAAUUCAUCCUUCCAGCUGCAAGGAGUCGGAAUCCGACGGUCUCUGUCUGCUUCUCCAGCAGAAAUGUGUUGCGCUCCCCUAGCUGGGCUGUAACUGCAUCCUCUGCCUCACGCCAGCGCUCCUGGUUCCUAGCGGCUGCCGCUUGGCUUAUGGACUUGUGUGGAUAGGCCCAAACCCGGGAACAGUCUUAAUGACUCAUGUCUGCUGACGAAAGUUAAGCGCCUAGAUGGGUUUGUCUGUUCUUCUGUUCUCUGGCCAAUGUCCUCUAGUGAGUACAGAAGGGACAGAAGGUUUGGAAGAGCAGUCGCUUUGGUCUUGAAUGUCUACAGAGCUGAGGACGUAGGCAUCUGUUCCGCUGGCUUCGAAUACAGAAGAAGCAGUGAAGAGUGACAUAGUUGUGCGGAGCUGAAAGGAUCCCCAUACGUGACUGAUCUAUGAAAUGGCAGAGAAUGGAACAGAUUGUGACCAGAGACGCAUAGGAAUGAUCAAAGAACAGCACAAUGGAAACUUUACAGAUUCCUCUUUGUUGAGUGAACGGAAGCGAAGGGACCGAGAAGAGAGGUUGAAUAUUGUACUGUGGAGACAACCGCUUGUUACCUUGCAGUAUUUUUUCCUGGAAACUCUAAUAAACUUGAAGGAAUGGACCAUAAAAUUGUGGCAUCGGCGAAGUAUCUUGGUGUCUUUUUUACUGACGCUUGCAGUGCUUACAGCUACGUAUUACAUUGAAGGAACACAUCAACAGUAUGUGCGGUAUAUGGAGAAAAAGUUCUUCUGGUGUGCCUACUGGGUAGGAUUAGGCAUUCUGUCCUCUGUUGGACUUGGAACAGGUCUCCACACCUUUCUGCUCUAUUUGGGUCCACACAUAGCAUCAGUUACUCUUGCUGCAUAUGAAUGUAACUCAGUUAAUUUUCCUGAGCCUCCUUACCCGGAUCAAAUUAUCUGCCCUGACGAGGAGGCGACUGAAGGAUCCAUCUCUUUAUGGGCUAUCAUCUCAAAAGUCAGGCUGGAGGCCUGCAUGUGGGGUGCUGGCACAGCCAUUGGAGAGCUGCCUCCAUAUUUUAUGGCGAGGGCGGCCCGACUCUCUGGUGCUGAACCUGAUGAUGAAGAGUACCAGGAAUUUGAGGAGAUGCUGGAACAUGCAGAGACUGCACAAGAUUUUGCUUCCCGGGCUAAACUGGCUGUCCAGAACCUGGUGCAGAAGGUCGGAUUCUUCGGCAUUUUGGCCUGCGCUUCAAUUCCAAACCCUCUGUUUGACCUGGCCGGGAUAACAUGUGGACACUUUCUGGUUCCCUUCUGGACCUUCUUUGGUGCAACCUUGAUUGGGAAGGCAGUCAUUAAAAUGCACAUCCAGAAACUUUUCGUUAUUAUAACAUUCAGCAAACAUAUAGUGGAGCAGAUGGUGUCCCUCAUCGGUGCUAUUCCAAGUAUAGGUCCUUCUCUUCAGAAGCCAUUUCAAGAAUAUUUGGAAGCUCAGAGGAUAAAACUUCACCACAAACCUGACAGUGGCGUGCCACAGGGGGAAAACUGGCUAUCGUGGAUGUUUGAAAAAUUGGUGAUUGUCAUGGUUUGUUAUUUUAUCUUAUCUAUAAUCAACUCCAUGGCCCAGAGCUAUGCCAAACGACUGCAACAGAAGAUGUACUCUGAAGAAAAAACCAAAUGAGCUUGGAAAAAAACCCCUUGGAAUGGGUUUUAGCAGACACAAAAAAUGACACAUCUUUCCGUAUGUUUAAAAAUCAGCAUUAUUCAAAAUGAGGGAAGACUUUUUAACAUCAAUUUUCAACUAUAACAAAUUUUUAUUUAAUUUUGAAAGUAAUUUGGACGUUAGAGCAGACGUUUCAUUGACAAACUUAUAAAUGUUAAGGUAAGGUGUAAAUGCUUUACAUGUCCGAGUUGUAUUAUAUGGGAUGGACAACGCGAUGUUAAAUGGAGUUUAACACAAAUGUUGUCCAUCCAAAUUGCUUCCAAAACUGAUGAUUUAAUGCUCUCCAUUUCCCAAUUUAACUUCAGACUGACCUAAGGGUAACUUUGGAUUUUGAACGGUGGCUGGUUUGCUUUUUCCAUAAUUUUCAAGACCAUCAAAAUGUAUAUAAAUGACUACAGAUCGGAUACAAACUGUUGCAUGUCCCUCAUGGUAAGGCUAUUCCAUCAGAACUCUCCAGCGUCCCAUUGCAUUGCACGUGCUCUCGGUUGGAAAAGCCACCCUCUUAAACUUCAUGAUGUUAGCAGAGAUGAUUGAUGUCAAAAUGCUGAAGCUGGCAUUUUUUAUUCUGUAUAUUUAGAAUGAAGUUAAGAUAAAACUUUAUAAAGUCAUCUUUGAUCAUUCCAGAA